UAGUAUAAAAAGCUGUUCCUGUUCUGUUGCUAGUAUCAGUUUGAUCACAGCCUUAGAUUAGCCAAAGCGCUUUAGAGAUUAAGGCUGAUCUUAGUUAAACAAUGGCUUUUAAGUUUUUAUUAUUCCUCGUGGCAGCGGUGGGAGCUGCAAGUAUUCACGAACGCCAAUCACAGUCACAACAACAGCAGCGGCAACGUCAGUCAACGGAUGUCGUAGGACAAAACGAAGAUGGACCUGUAGGAUACGAUUUCUCAUACUCGGUACAGGAUCCAACGACGGGUGAUAUCAAAAGUCAGGAAGAAUCUCGGCGAAAUGGAAACGUACGGGGACAGUACUCGUGGGUGGAUGCCGAUGGAAACCGACAGAUUGUAGAAUACCAGGCGGAUGACCACAAUGGCUUCCAGUCGGAGCAUCGCAGAGAGCCUGCUGUGCCACGACCACGGCCUCAACAUGUUCUUCAGGUUAUUCCAGCCCCACUGUACACCAUUGAUACCGUCCUGGCUCCCGUACAUUCGUCAGUUUCUCGAGUGGACCAUCGCCGAAGACAGCAACCGGACAACCGAGAUGAACGUCGUGAUGAUCGAGAUGAUCGUGACGAUCGUGACAGCCGUGAUGGUCGUGAUGGACGCGAUGACCGGGAUAAUCGCGAAGGACGUGAUAAUCGUGAUGGACGAGAUAACCGCGACGGACGUGAAAACCGUGCUGAUGAACGAGACAACCGCAAUCGCAGUGAUGACCGUGAUAACCGUGACGGACAGAACCAAAACCGUGAGCGUCAACGGGACCAAGGUCGACGAGGUCGCGAUAGUGUCGCUCAAUCGGAAGUGCGAUUCCAGGAUCCUGUCGUUGCGUAUCAAUACAGCAGCUGAACCAUACCAAAAAGCAAAACUCGCUAAAUGAAGGAAUUAUGGAAGACGACCGUGCAUGUCAAACGCUGUAAUGUAGUCUAAGCCGCAAAUCGAAAUAAAAGUCACUGAACACGAACCGUUAAA